AUGCAAGCAAAACUAAAAUACACCAACAUCGGCCCAAGGCUCAUGGUUACAAAACCAGUGGCUUCGCCCGUCACCGCGGAAUAUCUCAUGGGUCUUUCUCCUCGCCAAAGACUGACGUGCGUCUAUAAACGAAUGUACAAGCUUCGCUUUAUGGCGGGUGACAGUCAAAGUCAACAAGAGGAAUUCAAGAACUUGCUCAGGCGAAAAUUCCAGAAACAGGACUUCAAUAUUCGGCGCAACAAAUUGCUUGGUCUAGAUGAACAACUACUGGAGCAGUCAAUGGCAAGGAGACUAGCCAACACUUACGCGUUUCUAUUUAAUGCCACCUGCGAACCAGAUAGGACCAUACCCGAAGUGAAUUUCUAUCACGAUUUAGAGGAUGCCCUCAAAAGCAGACAUGAAACAAGUGUUAUACACACUAUGCUUCGAAUGGAGUACGAAACUCCUUCAAUCCUCAAAUACGAUUACGCCUAUAGAUGGGUAGAAGGCGUCAAAGAUUUUUACAAGCUAGCAGACCAAGAACUUCUGAGCAAAGAUUACAACAAACUUGCAGGCUCAAAAAUUGCGCACUUUAUUGGGUUUCUUCAGUACGAAAGAUCAGUUGCUUAUCUUAACGAGUCUCUCACCUUGUGUCUCUAG